CGAGGCCGGCCCGCGCGGGCCCGCGUUCCCCUCCUCCCUGGCGGCCGCACUCACCCACUCCGGAAUCGGCCCUGUUGCCCCCGCCCGCACUCCAGAGCCGGCUGAGAACGGCAGCGGCGCGGGCUCCACGUGCAGCGUCUCUCCGGUAACAGAAUCAGCAUGAUUCUUCAGAGGCUCUUCAGGUUCUCCUCUGUCAUUCGGUCAGCAGUCUCAGUCCAUUUGCGGAGGAACAUUGGUGUUACAGCAGUGGCAUUUAAUAAGGAACUUGAUCCUGUACAGAAACUCUUUGUGGACAAGAUUAGAGAAUACAAAUCUAAGCGACAGACAUCUGGAGGACCUGUUGAUACCGGUCCAGAGUAUCAGCAAGAGCUGGAGAAGGAGCUUUUUAAGCUCAAGCAAAUGUUUGGUAAAGCAGACAUGAAUACAUUUCCCACCUUCAAAUUUGAAGAUCCCAAAUUUGAAGUCAUCGAAAAACCCCAGGCCUGAAGAAAUAAAGUAAAGUUAAUCUGGUAAUUUGUCAUGGGUUAGCUGUACAACUAGUUAGAUGUUUCAGAAUAAACAUGCAUUUCAUAACUGUCAAAUGUUCUUCUAAUUCUGAGUCCAAAUAAAUUAUUUGGUGAUGUUGA